AUGAGGCGGGGAGCGAAGGAGCGAUUACCGCAAAAGGGAAUUCACACGCCCAAAGAGGGAACGUGGCGGUGUGGCUCUCGGUCCGCAUGGGCCAAGGUUAAGGCCAAAUAUCCGCUCCAGAUCCAACUUUGGGAGGGCGUCGACUUGCUGUCCCUCCGAUACGGGUACGACGCGGACGACGAGGCUGGACGGUGGAUUGAUGGACCGGACGAUGAGUACGUGCACGAGGAGGAGAACGGCAUCACGCACCUCAAGCGCCCGGAUCACUUUCCCCCGAUCCAUGAACACAUCUUGCCGUUCCGUUGCCCUUCAGACGUCGGGCUCAACAUCCUUUCUUACCUUGACGGUCCUUCCCUCCCCGCACUCCAGCUCGUCUCCCGCGCCUGGCGUGACACCAUGUGCUGCCGACUUGCUCAACGCUGCCUCUGGUACCCCCUUGCCAGGCAGUAUCGCUUCACGCCGACGGACACCGAUUGGACGCGCAGUGCGGAGGCGGUGCGGCAGACGCGCUCAUCGCCCGCGCGAAGGUCCGUAGUGGACUGGCGCAGGCACUACAAGGACUGCUGGAACAGUCUCAACAUGCGCAACCGAACUCGUAUCUUCCGGGCCGUGUGGAAUAUCAGCCAUCGCCUUGGCCAUUGCGGAUGCAAGGAGGGCUCUCCGACCUGUCGACCCUAA